GUCGUUUUUCUCCGUGUGAACCUCCAUCUGAAGGUGAAGGUAGAAAGUGUGUGAGCUGAUGUGAAUCCAGCAGAAUGGAUCAGUGUGAGGACAGAGAGGAGGGAGUCCCUCCCUCUAAAACCACUCUGAGUGGAGAACAUGAGAACCAGACCAAAGAUCAGAGAACAAAGCAGCAACACAGAGCAGACUCUGCUGGACCUGGACCUGGACCUGGACCUGGACCUGGACCUGGACCUGGACACCGCCGUGUGUCCAUGAGGAGUGAUCGGUCAAAUAAUAAAUUCAUAAACUUUAAAAGUGAAGAAUCCUUCGCUCUAAAGAAGAUCCACCAGAAACCAGAUUCACCUCAACCUCAACCUGAACCCAGCUGUGUGUCUAUGAGGAGUGAUAGGUCGAAAAAAGAAUUCUUUGACUUUAAAGAACAAGAAACCCCUGCUCUAAAUAAAGUGGAGCAGCAGAGUUUAAAUGUUCUCAGUGAUCAGUCUGUUCAUCAGCAGCAAACACAGCUGGACUCUAUAUUUAAGCUGCUGGAGGACAACAUUGUCACUUUUGUGAAGAAGGAGCUGAAGAAGAUUCAGGGGGAUCUGAGUCCAGAUUACCCAGAAUGCUUAGAGAGUCAGAGGGAGGAUGAGGAGGUGUUGGAGGGUGAGGAUGAAGAGCAGAGGAGGAGCAGCAGAGAGGCAUUUGUGAAGAUCACACUGAACUUCCUGAGGAGAAUGAAGCAGGAGGAGCUGGCUGAUCAUCUGCAGAUCAAACAUUUUGCUGCAGUUUGUCAACGUGAACUUAAAUCUAGUCUGAAGGAGAAGUUCCAGUGUGUGUUUGAGGGGAUUGCUAAAGCUGGAAACUCAACUCUUCUGAAUGAGAUCUACACAGAGCUCUACAUCACAGAGGGAGAGACUACAGAGGUCAAUGAUGAACAUGAGGUCAGACAGAUUGAAACAGCAUCCAGGAAACUAGAUAGACCAGAAACAACCAUCAGACCAGAAGACAUCUUUAAAUCCUCACCUGGAAGAAAUAAACCAAUCAGAAGAGUGAUGACAAAGGGAGUGGCUGGCAUUGGGAAAACAGUCUUAACACAGAAGUUCACUCUGGACUGGGCUGAAGACAAAGCCAACCAGGACAUCCACUUCACAUUUCCAUUAACUUUCAGAGAGCUGAAUGUGUUGGAAGAACGAAAGUUCAGCUUGGUGGAACUUGUUCAUCACUUCUUCACUGAAACCAAAGAAGCAGGAAUCUGCAGGUUUGAAGAGUUCCAGGUUGUGUUUAUCUUUGACGGUCUGGAUGAGUGUCGACUUCCUCUGGACUUCCACAACACUGAGAUCCUGACUGAUGUUACAGAGUCCACCUCAGUGGAUGUGCUGCUGACAAACCUCAUCAGGGGGAAACUGCUUCCCUCUGCACACCUCUGGAUAACCACACGACCUGCAGCAGCCAAUCAGAUCCCUCCUGAGUGUGUUGACAUGGUGACAGAGAUCAGAGGGUUCACUGACCCCCAGAAGGAGGAGUACUUCAGGAAGAGGUUCAGAGAUGAGGACCAGGCCAGCAGCAUCAUCUCCCACAUCACGACAUCACGAAGCCUCCACAUCAUGUGUCACAUCCCAGUCUUCUGCUGGAUCUCUGCUACAGUUCUGGAGGAAGUGUUGGAAACCAGAGAGAGAGGAGAGCUGCCCAAGACCCUGACUGAGAUGUACAUCCACUUCCUGGUGGUUCAGACCAAAGUAAAGAUGGUCAAGUAUGAUGGAGGAUCUGAGACAGAUCCACACUGGAGUCCAGAGACCAGGGAGAUGAUUGAGUCUCUGGGAAAACUGGCUUUUGAUCAGCUGCUGAAAGGAAACCUGAUCUUCUAUGAAUCAGACCUGACAGAGUGUGGCAUCGAUAUCAGAGCAGCCUCAGUGUACUCAGGAGUGUUGACACAGAUCUUUAUAGAGGAGAGAGGACUGUACCAGGACAAGGUGUUCUGCUUCGUCCAUCUGAGUGUUCAGGAGUUUCUGGCUGCUCUACAUGUUCAUCAGACCUUCAUCAACUCUUCUGUCAAUCUGAUGGAAGAACAACAAACAGUUUCAUUGACAUCUGUCAUUUUUAACAAAGCAAAUCUAAAAUAUCUCCACCAGAGUGCUGUGAACAAAGCCUUACAGAGUCCAAAUGGACACCUGGACUUGUUCCUCCGCUUCCUCCUGGGUCUUUCACUGGAGACUAAUCAGAGUCUGCUACAAAGACUGAUGAAGCAAACAAAAAACUCACAGACUAAUCAAAAAACAGUCCAGUUCAUCAAGAAGAAGAUCAAUGAGGAUGUGUCUGUAGAGAGAAGCAUCAACCUGUUCCACUGUCUGAAUGAACUGAAUGAUCGUUCUCUAGUGGAGGAGAUCCAACAGUCCCUGAAAUCAGGACGUCUCUCCACUGAUCAACUGUCUCCUGCUCAGUGGUCAGCUCUGGUCUUCAUCUUACUGUCAUCAGGAAAUAAUUUAGACGAGUUUGACCUGAAGAAAUACUUUGAUUCAGAGGAAGCUCUUCUGAGGCUGCUGCCAGUGGUCAAAGCCUCCAACAAAGCUCUACUCAGUGGCUGUAAACUCUCAAAAAUAAGCUGUGAAGCUCUGUCCUCAGUUCUCAGCUCCCAGUCCUCUAAUCUGACAGAACUGGACCUGAGUAAAAACUACAUCAAGGAUUCCGGAGUGGAGCAGCUGUGUACUGGACUGAAGAGUCCAGACUGUAAACUGGAGACUCUGAGGUUGAUGUGCUGCAGUUUGUCAAACACCAGCUGUGAUUCUUUGGGUUCAGCUCUGAAGUCCAACCCCUCCCAUCUGAAAGAACUGGACCUGAGUGAAAACUGUCUCAAGGAUUCAGGAGUGAAGCAUCUGCGUGGUUUUCUGAUGAGUCCAGGCUGUAGACUGGAGACCCUGAGGUUGAUUGGCUGCAGGUUGUCAGAGAUCAGCUGUUAUUAUCUGGUCUCAGCUCUGAAGUCCAACCCCUCCCAUCUGAAACAUCUGGACCUGAGUAACAACAACCUGCAGGAUUUAGCAGUGAAGCAUCUGUGUGUUUUUUUCAAGAGUCCAGACUGUAGACUGGAGACUCUGAGAUUGAGGGGCUGCAGUUUGUCAAAGAUUAGCUGUGAUUAUCUGCGUUCAUCUCUGAAGUCCAACCCCUCCCAUCUGCAACAUCUGGACUUGAGUAAGAACAACAUCAAGGAUUCAGAUGUGAAGCAGCUUCUUGAUCUUGUGAAGAGUCCAGAUUGUAGACUGGAGACUCUGUGCUGGCGGCCUUUCCAAGGUUGAGUAUAAACAUGAUGGUAAGAGCUGAGUCCUGAUGAUCCAGAGGUCGAAUCAGCAGCAGCUUGUGUGUAGAGAGACUAUUACUGGACCAUGUUACUGGGAGGUUGAGUCAAGAGAUUAAAGAUCCUCAACAGAGCUGCACAAACUAUUAACACCAAGACCAGUCCCUCUCCUGAAUUAUUGGACACAUUAAUCAACAGCCCCAUCUGUUGUUUCUCAUUGUUGAAUAGAAGAGAAGAGAAGAGAAGAGAAGAGAAGAGAAGAGAAGAGAAGAGAAGAGAAGAGAAGAGAAGAGAAGAGAAGAGAAGAGAAGAGAAGAGAAGAGAAGAGAAGAGAAGAGAAGAGA